GCUGGGAAGAGGGGUUCGGCACCGCGAUCGCGAUAGGCCACUUCGACACUGCUGACGGGCGGGCGAAUCUCAUCGAUGACGCGUCUGGGGAGGGGGAGCAGCGGUUCCCGACGGGCAAGGGCGUACAGACGCGUCGGGUGACGCAUCACACUGCUGGAGACUUCGAAUAUGUUCUUGAGAUGCGCGCAGGGCCCAACGGAGAGACCGAGGAACGCCGAGAGCGAAUCACAUCACACACCAGCGCGCGCUUCCCGAACCCGAACUUCUUCGUCUCGGAGGCAUGCUAUCGGUACAUAGAAGCUUGGAUCAGCUGGGACGCUCUACCCGUGCAAAACCCCGAUGUUCAACACACGCCAUCGCUGGACAUGGCUGGUGAGCUGUACGAGAUCGUAAACUCGAGAACCAAGCAACGCGACCGCCUCACCGGCGUCCUCCCCUACAUCAGCUACAACGGUCUGGAACGGUCAUGCGACCAAUACCAGGACCGCUUCCCCGCCAGCUCGAACGCGUACAAGUGGAUCGGAUGCGGUAUCGACGACGGCCUGCAGGGGUCAUCCUUGAUUCCGCACCUCAUGGAAGACUUCUCUUGCUGGAUGUUCAUGCGCCCUGACUCCUGGCCCACCCCCCCUCCAGACAACGCCCUCGACCUCCCAUCAUUCACCCCACUCGCCUCGGAUGCACCCGUAUCUCCACAGAACAACGCAUUGACCCGUAUCCCCAAAGAACUCCUCGACAUGAUCGCAGGCCGCCUCACCUUCCGCGCCUACUUCGCGCUCUCCGCCACAUGCAAACCCUUCCGCCGCCGCAUGUGCGACCCAAACGUGCUCGACCACGUCGCGCGGGAGAUGCUGCUGCACGGGCCGCUCCAGUGGAUCUUGCCCGUGUCAGCCGUCAAAGGCUCAGCGCAGGCCGCGCGGGCGGCUGCCGAGAUGUGGAUCGGCUUCGCACGAAGCGGCUCAGGGUCUGCGAGCCAGUCGUCGGCGGCGGCGCCGUUCUACGAUGGGGACUUUCCGGCGUUUGCGUUUGUCGAUGCCUGUUUCCGCUCGGACUCGAUGAGGAACAGGCGCAGGAUAUACGGGCAGGUGAAGCAGUUCGAGGCGCUCUGGAGAGAGUUCCGUGUGAAAGGGUGGGCGGUGGAUCGGUUUCAUCGUUCAAGUUGACUGCUGCGACUGUUUUCACUUGUUCAAUGCCAACGGUGUUGCCUACCUUGACGUUGAAGGUAUAUCUCAGCCUCGAUGUCGUGCUUAUAUCAUAUUGCCUUCACAGUGGGUAGAUUUUCCCGGCUUAUAUAUCAUAGCUCGUCACGAAUAGACGAUCAGUCCAUGUCAUCGGCGGCACUUACACUGCCUAAUGGCAAGCAGAACUCCCCGUCCUCGAUAUUUUGGCUUCCUCGUCCGCGAGGACGGGCGCCUCUUCAACGAUGCACUUAAACCCGUCCGAAGACCAGACAUUGUCUUUCAUAGACAACCCGACAGAAGCCGACCUGUUGCUAUUUCCGAAGUGAAGCCAAUAAUCAAGUGGACGGAGAAGUCCGACUCACGUCCCGAUAUCGAGCGCGGAAACCAGAAGGUAGAAAUCGCUAUCUAUCUCGAACAUCACUUUAACAAGCACAGAAGCAUAUAAUGGGGAUAACUAGGCGUACAAACACUGCGUAAUAUAGCACAAACCGCUAACAGAGAAAUAUAAAGCAAAAUCUUAAACACACAUUCCGAUUCCGCAAGGUAUAAUCAAGAAGAUCCACCCUUAAGUCUCAUCUCGGUGACAUCUCCCGAUCCCCCCACCCUGUAUCACCG